GGGGCGGCGGGCGAGGGCGAGGGCGAGGGCGAGGGCGAGGGCGAGGCCGAGGCCGAGGCCGAGGGAGGGCGCGCGGGCGGCGGGGAAAGGAUGGGAGCCCCUGGGACCUGCGGCUGAGCUAGCCCGAGCGGCGGCAAGGCCAGCGUCGCGGUUCCUCCCGGAGCCCAACACCGUUCCCGCUCCGCCACGAUGAUCCCCCCGAGCGGCGCCCGCGAGGACGGCGUGGACGGGCUGCCCAAGGGGGCGCCGAGCGCCGGGCAGCCGCCCUCUCCGGCAUCCACCGGCAGCCAGGAAUCCAAGGAAAAGAACCCUCUGGAGACAUCUGUACUGGAUGUACAUUUCCUUGGCCAGAACCAUGUCCCGGCCAUUUGCAGCUGUAAGGAAGGCUGGGCGCACUGCUGUUCCAAGCAAAAUGGAGAUUUUGUGAAACAAAGAGAAGCAGAAACCGGAAGCUGGCUCCAGAAACUAAAACGAUCACUUUCUUUCAAGACCAAGAGUUUACGGAGCAAAAGCGCUGACAACUUCUUCCAGAGAACCAACAGCGACGUGAAGCUGCAGGCAGACAUACUGGCUGAGGUCAGCCCCAGCUCCAGCCCACUCCCUGCCUCUGGAAGCCUGACAUCCACACCCACCAGGGCCGGCCCGCACCCAGGGGCUGGCGGCAAGGCCCACACCUUUCAGGAGCACAUCUUCAAGAAGCCCACUUUCUGUGAUGUCUGCAACCACAUGAUCGUGGGAGCAAACGCUAAGCAUGGGCUGCGCUGCAAGGCCUGUAAGACGAGCCUCCACCACAAGUGCAUGGAUGGCCUAGCACCCCAGCGGUGCAUGGGCAAGCUGCCAAAAGGGUUUCGGCGUUACUACAGCUCCCCCUUGCUCAUUCAUGAGCAGUUUGGAUGCAUUAAAGAAGUUAUGCCCAUUGCCUGUGGCAAUAAGGUGGACCCUGUCUACGAGACCCUCCGCUUCGGCACCUCCCUGGCCCAGAGAACAAAGAAGGGCAGCUCUGGCAGUGGCUCUGAUUCGCCUCACAGAACCUCUACUUCAGAUCUCGUGGAGGUUCCUGAAGAAGCUGAUGGGCCAGGAGGCGGGUAUGAUCCACGGAAACGCAGCAACAGUGUGUUUACUUAUCCAGAAAAUGGCACUGAUGAUCUCAGCCACCAAGCAAAGAACAUAAACCACCAGGGAUCUCUUUCCAAAGAACCAUUACAGAUGAACACCUAUGUUGCCUUGUAUAAAUUUGUACCACAGGAGAAUGAAGAUUUGGAAAUGAGGCCAGGAGACAUGAUUACACUUCUAGAAGACACCAAUGAAGACUGGUGGAAAGGGAAAAUUCAAGACAGGAUUGGCUUUUUUCCAGCCAACUUUGUUCAGAGAGUACAACAGAAUGAGAAGAUUUUUAGAUGUGUUAGGACCUUCCUUGGGUGUAAAGAGCAGGGACAGAUGACACUGAAAGAGAAUCAGAUCUGUGUGACUUCUGAAGAAGAGCAGGAUGGCUUUAUCAGAGUCCUCAGUGGAAAGAAGAGAGGCCUUGUCCCCCUGGAUGUCCUAGAAAACAUCUGAUUGCUGGCCCCUCCUGCUUUUGCAGUGGCCGGGCUCCGCUGCGAUGCCUCAUCUCACACUGUGUCCACGCAGAGGAGCUGCCGCACUGACCCACCACCCGGGAAACAGUGAAACAAGACUCAUGGAUCUGAGACUGGAGUACCAGCCACAAGACAGAGGGCCCAUCUCACAGCAUUGCUGGGCUGCCCAAGGUGGGGGUGGGGCUGGGGCUGAGAGAGCUAAGUGCUAUGCAGGGGGCGGCAGCGGCGGGGUGGUAGCCACAGUGGUCCCCGAGGACUCACCUCAUCCCCUUCCAUGUGAUGUAAGUUAGCCUACUGGAGUGGGCUCCAGCUUGUGGUGUGGGUCCAAUAUGAGGCUCAGAUCCCCACAGCCAAGUGUGAUUCUGGUUCCAGACCUGUGUCCCCAGUACUGGCCCAUUAGCAUCAUCACAUUUGCUGUCUCUCUGCAGAACAUCAGGAAGUCCUGCUUCCCAGCCCCCAAUAUGCUAGGUCUCCCCUCCCCUCUGUCCCCCUCACUUUGUGAUUGUGCUGUCUCUUCUGUCCUCCAAGUGAGUCCUGGAGUUGCCCGUAAGAUGUGAGGGCUGAGCUGGUGGCACCAGCCGCUAAGACCCGAUCUGCCCAAAGGUGGCCAAUAAGCAGUCCCUGCUGCUGCUCUAGUUACCAACAGAAGUGAUAGAGAAGGGCAUGAGGCACAGAUACAGAGGGUGACAUGGGAGUAAGGUAAGGGUGAAGAGCCCUAUUUGUUGAAGAUUAUGCAGCACCUUUGGUUAUGAAAGCAUUUUCCUGUACAGAUGAACCUGGGGUAGAAAAUGGGGCAAAAAGUCUCAGUGAUAAGCCCCAUUUCAUUUUACGUCCUCUAUACUAGGGGCAGCAUUUUCCCUCAUGCGAUCCUAAAGGACCCCCUUUUGGAGGCCAAGUGCACCUUGCAGAGAACCAGAAACAUGGAGGAGAGAACCAAUAGCAUCUUAGGAGAAAGGUAGCCAAAUCAGAAUCCAUUCUUCUUUAGGGCAGUAUAUCAUAUCCUCGCAGAUGUAAAAUGGAGAAGAAUCUUUAGUGCUUCAUCCCUCAGAAAGUAGAGGAACUUGGGUCCUAUUUAGCAUCAAGUAGGGGAGUCUCUCUUACUCUGUACUUGUACUAAUGUUUACAAGCAUUCAAUAUACUGUGAUGCCUUCUUCCGCAAGCUCCUCCUAGCAUUCAAACUUGCAUCCAAUUACUUAGUCAUUAAUAUGGUUAAACUUCAAUCCACAAUGACCUUGGAAUCAAUGUCAGCUUGAUUUAUUUUGUUACAGACCAAUAAAAGCAUUAGAACAAUUGCUUUUUAAAAGACUUAAGUGGGCGCAUCUUGUGCAGGUAAGCAUUAUUUCCCAAACCCUAGUAUCAUUAGUCUCCAUUUAUUUCUUUUGUUACUGCUCAGCAUGAUGUUGGGAGCUGAGAUGGGAGGGCUGCUGGUUUCACAGUAGUUCAGAUGCCUUACUGUCAUUUGAAACCCAGCAUCCAGAAUUUCCUCCCUCUCUGAUACAAAACUGAGUGUACAGAGUCAAUAUGGAUUCUCUGAGAGCCAGAGUGGAUAAUAUGACUUAUAUUCUCUAAAAUGGAAUACCAGAGUACAAACACUCUCUGCCUCUAAUUCAAUAUUCCAUUGAAUAAAGGCAACACAGUGGCUGGAAGGAGCAUAGAAAACAUGUGUCCUGAUCUCUUCUUUCUGGUGGAGUGUCCGCUGAAACUUUUGGGUACAGUGAUGGCAUAGUCUAGGAUAAUUUAACUUAUAUUAAAUAAUCAGCUUGCCUUUGGAAGCUAAACAGAGGAACGCUAUAGUAGCCAGCCCUCCAAGGUGGUCCUCCCAUGAUCCCUGCAUCCCAAUACUCUUGCCUUUGUGUAGCCCACUCCCAUAUUGAAUCAGGACUGGUAUUAUUAUUACUAUUAUUAUUAUUAUUAUUCAAGAGAAUACAGCAGAAGAGAUACUGCAUGACAUCUGAGGCUAGGCCAAAAAAGUCCUUGCAGCUUCUGCCUUUCUCCCUGGCAACACCCACCCUUGGAACCUGAGCCACAAUGUAAGUUUAUCACUCUGAGGCCACCAUGGGGGAGAGGCCCAGUGGAGAGAACACGUGUUUCUGCAGCUGAGAUCUUGAAUAUCACAGAACAGCAGUCAUCCCUGUUGGGCCUGCCCGAGUGAUAGCUUUAUGAGCAAAAUAAAUAUGGCUUGAUGGUUUUUAAGUCACUAAGUUUUGGAGUGAUUUGUUAUACAGAAAUAGGUAUCUGGAACAGGGACUUUGUAAUUUGAGCCAAUGUUAGAAAGGAGAAAAUACACUCAUUCUGCACAAUGAGGCCCAAAAGGUUUUACCCUCUUAGUGCAAGAUACCUACUGUUCCUUAAAUAUCUGGAGUCAUGCAGAUAGAUAAUCAGAGAAAGACAGUUGUUCUCAGCACGGAUUUCCACAGAUAUUCACACACACACACACACACAGAGAGAGAGAGAGAGAGAGAGAGAGAGAGAGACUUUAGAAGCCAUAGCAUUUAUUUUCUUCCUGCCUAUCUGCAGAAAUGGCAAGAACAAGGACAGUUGUAACCUACCUAAGUCUUGAAGGCUUCCAAGAUUCAAAAAAAUGGCUGGGAGAAGAGCCACAGUUUUGGAAUGGAGGUGAGAUGAAGGCCUCAGGAGACAGAUUCUGGAGAGGGGGCAGAGGCAGAGAGGAAAUGCUAAUAUGAAGAGAAAGGGGGUCUGAGGGGAUAUUCUUCAUCAUGUGAGAGAAUAGCCUUGUACCCCUGCCUGCAGCUAAGCAAGGGUGAAUAUCUAAAUGAAACAGGGAUGCUGUGCCCUAUACUCCACCACCAGUGCUAUAGGACUUGGAUUCUAUCUUUGAAGUGAAUAACUGAUUAAAACUUUCUCAGGGCUUCAGGAGGCAAAGAAUAAAAUUUUUUUACCCCAUCACUAGCAGAGAGCUGAGACACCUUUAGUGUGAGCCAUGGGCUGCAAAGAGAACCCAUGUGUAAAUGUCCAACUGACUACUAGUAGGGUUGAUUUCACAGACGACCUUCUUCCUCACCUCUACACACCAAAUACACACAUGCAGUCCCAUCAAGAAGAAGAGUCCAGUAUCUGGGUUACAUAUUUAAAGCAACCAAUGAAAUGCUACAUGGCAAGUGCUUAUGAGAGUUAGUGUUCUUUGCUAUUAAAGGGAGAAAAGUAAAAUCAGUGGGAAGGUCACAGUACAUGCAAAUAGAAAGGUAAAAAGCAGCAUGGAGGUCCAAAAGCCUGGUCCAGGUCACUGAAAGGAAGGAUAUCUACUGGUUGACCCUAGCCGAGAACCAGGCCCAGGCAGCUGUAAAAAAGUGUUGGGUGCUCAAAUAGCUUAUAUUUAUAUAAAAUAAACCAAGCUUCAUCACUCAGGACUUCCCAGAGCCUUUAAUUUCCCAAUUUUCACAGUAAAUCUAUAAAAGGGGAUUUAGACUCAUGGAACAACUGUUAGGAUCAAAUAGAAUAUUCCAAGGCACAUAGUUUGGAAUAUGCUGUGGUAGAGAAUUCUCAUAUAAUAUUGGCCCAUCUAAUACCCUCUCUCUUCCUACAUCUCUUUAAGAUAUCCAUGAAAUAUUGAAAAGGACGAAAGAGCAUAAUCAUCAUAAAAAUGGAGGCUGAAAGACAAUCUACUCUGAAAUCAGUAGGGAAUUGGAGAAAGUGAGCUGCGUCACUAAAGGGUGAAAAGCUCAGGAAGGAGAGUAGCUUCUUAUGCUCUAAUAGCUUUAGCAAAUACUGCCCAGCAGGGCAUAGGCUGGUAUAAAUCUGGGAAUAAAAGAAAGUUAGUUCAGCAUCACCCAAAAUAUCCUCCCCAGGAAACUGUGAGCAGGUGUGUCCCACAGCUUUAACACAAAACAAAAAUCCUUAAAAACAACACGGACAAAAAAAAUUAAGACUGGUUUAAUGAUAUCCUGCAACAGUCUCUUAGAUUUUGCUCAGUUGCUUUUCUGUUGUGCGUUUUGUAGAACACCUGGUGUUUGUGACCCUCAAACAUGCUUUUUUUCUUAGCUUCCAGUAAGGAGUUUUAAAUAGUCCUCAAUCUUCCCCUGGGUAAUAGGAAUGUAACUGUACCUCAAAACAUUAACAAGAUAAUAGUAACUUAUUUUAUAGUUCCUUUUUUAAAAAUGGAAACAAAGCAGACUUUUUAUCAUCUCACUAUCAAAUUUAAACAGCUUUCAAACAUCUUCCAUGUCUUCACAGAAGUCAGGAUGUGCUGAAAUCCUGAAAUACACCAUGGAAAAGUACAAUACCUAUUUCCAAGAAAAAUGGUGGAUCAUCUUUAGGUUUCCUCCACUGGUCUUGUUUAUUCAGGUUCUCAGGUUACACCUGGCUCUGUUUUAUGCAUGGCAAUAUUUUUCUUUGUCUAUCUUUUCCUUUUAAACAAGUUUCCUAAAAAGUGUUUGCUUAGUUUAUUUACUUUCAUUCUUUAAUACGGUAAAAAAAAAUCUUCCAAGGUUAUGGCUUUUCCUCUGAGUUCAGCUUUGACCAUAUGAAAGUGUUCCAAUUUUCAUUCAUUCUUAAAUACUCUGUAAUUACAGUUUUGAUUUUUCUCUUAGAUUUUUAUUUCAUGGUUGUGUGUGUGUAUGUGUAUGUGAUUAGAACCAUUGUGCAUUGUUGUCAGAAAAUAUGAUCCAUAGGGUUUCUGCUUUGAGGCAUUAAUUGGCACUUUGUGCUCUAAUAUAUGAAUGAUCUUUAGAAAUAUCCAAUGGAUGCUGUUAAAAAAAAAGAGAGAGAGAAGUCAUG